AUGCCUUUGUUUUGCCCUUUUUCCUCAUUAAUUUUCCUCUUAAAGGAAGACACAGCUCGUAGGGUAGCGAGAACCAAAAGAUCCGGAUCCCACCUUCAACCUCAAUAUCUCGUUAUCUACUCCUCUUGAGUUUUCAUCUCAGGGGUUUGAACUCAUAACUUGUGCCUAAUCCACACAUCAUUUGUUGCCCCCUCCCCUACUAGACUAUUGUCGAGGGCACAUUAUGUUUGGAAUGCACUUAAUCAUUGCAACUUUGUGAAAAAAAAUGUCAAGAAGGCCAAAUACCUCUCGCCGUCUUGCAGAUGCUGGGAGCAUUCCGUUUAUCAGUGCCUUUCACCCCAAAUCACGUCCAUCUCCUUUAUUGUCUAUAGGACUUGUGGUUGUGGGAGCAUUGUUGAUUAUUGGUUAUUUGUAUCACGGUUCAGGUGGAGCUGUUGAUGCUUUCAGUAGACAUGAAGGUGGUGUUUCAUGCACAUCAGAACUUCAGAGGGCAUUGCCUAUAUUACAGAAAGCCUAUGGUGACAGCAUGCAAAAAGUAUUGCACGUAGGCCCUGACGCUUGUUCAGUGGUGUCUACACUGUUAAAAAAGGAGGGUACUGAAGCAUGGGGUGUUGAACCCUACGAGUUAGAUGAAACUGAUGAAACUUGCAAGAGUCUUGUUUAUAAGGGAAUAGUGCGAGUAGCUGAUAUCAAGUUUCCUCUUCCCUAUCGUUCAAACUCAUUCUCUCUUGUCAUAGUGUCGGAUGCAGUGGAUUACUUGUCUCCAAAAUAUCUCAACAAGACUCUUCCAGAAUUGGCAAGGGUGGCAGCUGAUGGUUUGAUUGUUUUAUCUGGUUAUCCAGGUCAGCAAAGGGCUAAAGUGGCAGAACUUUCGAAAUUUGGCCGCCCGGCCAAAUUGCGAAGUUCGUCUUGGUGGGUUAGAUUUUUUACUCAAUCCAGCUUAGAAGAGAAUGAAGUUGCAAUCAAGAAGUUUGAACAAGCGGCAAGCAAGAGGUCUUAUCAGCCAGCUUGCCAAAUUUUCCACCUCAAACCACUCCAUUGAAAAAUACUUAUCUUUUUCCAAACAGGUAUUAAGCAUCUGCAGCUGUGUUAAAUUAUCGUUUGCCAAUUGCCACGACAAUCCGGCAUUCCACUUGUGAAGCAUCAGACCUGAAUUAAAAAAAAAAAUUGUUUAAUGUGAACCUACAUGGUUGAUUCAGCAAUUUUGUUGGAGGCAUUCGGUAUAUAUAUAUAUGUAUAUAUAUAUAUAUAUAUAUAUAUAUAUAUUGUUUGUUUUUUGGCACAGGUCAAAGGGGAAAGAAAGGAGGAAUUCCACUUUGGAAAAGAAAAAGGCAGUUCCAAACGAAGGACCCUGGGACAAGCUUCCCGGUGUCCAAGCGUCAAGUCCCGAGGGGCCUGAAAUAAAUAGGCUUAGUUUUUCUUCACUUGAAUCAUAAUUACAAGAAUCUAGAUUUGAGUGAAUCUAGGUUUGAGUAUCGUGUCCUAAGAAAAAAAUGAAUACAUCCCACAGUAAGAGCUUUCAAUCAAUUUGUAUUGCUUGUGCUUGCAGCACACAAGUGAUUUUUUUCUUACAAUCAAUGGUUGAGUUAUUGUGUAAACACGAAACACAGUAAUGUUUGAUUCAUUUUUUGCCCCA